CCUCCAUCUCCGCCGCCCGCGCCUCUCGCGCCAAGCCGGCCUCCGCUGCCAUCGGCUGCACCUCUCUGCGCCUAGCCGGUCUCCGACCCCUCCUCCAAACGCUGUCGCGCCGUCUAGUUGCAGCCGUUUGCCACGCGCUCGGCUAGCCAUCCGAGGCCGCCGUGCCUCCUCCCACUCAGCCACGGUCGAUACCGCAUGCAGCCGCCGCCACAGCUGCGACUGCCUCAACCGCCACCGCCACCUCGCUGUCGUGGCUACCUCAGCCGUCGCCGCCACCACGGUCGCCGUCCCGACUGCGUGUCUGUGCUGCGGCCAGAUCCCGUUGGGGCGCCACCGGCACAACCAGGCUGUCACCGGACGCGACCUCACCGUCGCCGCUCUGGUCUUGCUCGCCGAAGUCGCUCGCGAGACCACCGGAUAUAGCAAUGGAGCGCCAGAUCCAGCAGCCGUCGUUGCCAUCUCCUGCUGCCGCCCAGGCUCCAUCCCGCCGUCCACCGCAGCAGCUGGGUCAUGUCGUCGCCACCCGGCCGCCGUCACCGCCCGCUGGCCUCUCGCCGGAGGGGCCAGAUCUGGCCGGCGCGACAACCCCCGCCGUCAAGGCGCGCCGGUGUCCCCGCCGUAGCAGCCUUCGGGAGAGAGAGAGCCUCGCCACCGCCGUCCCUGCAGCCGCCCGGCUUGCCGGCCAGCCGCUCGUGCGGCGAUGAGGCGGAGGGAGGAGAGAGGGGGUGGCGGCGGUGGGUUGUGGGGAGGCGCCGUCCGGGUCGCCUAGGGACGGGAGCGACACGGACGGGAAUAUCGAAGACUUAUGUUUCUAGUGUUGUUGCUAAGACUCUUGCAUUGCAGGAGCUUAAAGGAAACAUUCGAGUCUUCUGUAGGGUGCGACCUUUAUUGCCAAAUGAAUCAGGAGCUGUUGCUUAUCCAAAGAGUGGAGAAAACUUAGGUCGUGGCAUUGAGUUGACACAUAAUGGUCAAAUGUAUUUCUUCACAUUUGACAAAGUAUUUGAGCAGUCGACAUCACAAGAAGAUGUGUUCAUUGAGAUUUCCCAUCUCGUCCAGAGCGCCCUUGAUGGCUACAAGGUGUGCAUAUUUGCAUAUGGCCAAACUGGCUCGGGUAAAACAUACACAAUGAUGGGAAAUCCAGAAUUACAUGACCAGAAAGGAUUAAUUCCGAGAUCACUUGAACAAAUUUUCCAAACAAGCCAGGCUCUUAUUUCACAGGGAUGGAAAUAUAAGAUGCAGGCAUCUAUGUUGGAAAUCUACAAUGAAGCCAUAUGUGAUCUGCUAGCCACUAAUCACACAACUAUUCAAGAUGGUGGCGCUUCAAAGUACAGUAUCAAGCAUGAUGCCAAUGGUAAUACCCAUGUAUCAGAUCUCAUAAUCGUCGAUGUGUUGAGUAUCAAUGAAGUUUCUUCUCUCCUCAAGCGGGCUGCUCAGAGCAGAUCUGUUGGAAGAACACAGAUGAACGAAGAAUCAUCUAGAAGUCAUUGUGUGUUCACGCUUCGAUUUUUUGGUGUCAAUGAGGGAACAGACCAGCAGGUGCAAGGAGUGCUCAAUCUAAUCGAUCUUGCCGGCAGUGAGCGGCUUAACAAGAGCGGUGCCACCGGAGAUAGGCUAAAGGAGACACAGGCUAUUAAUAAAAGCCUCUCGUGCUUGAGCGAUGUAAUCUUCUCCAUUGCAAAGAAAGAGGAGCACGUUCCAUUCAGGAACUCAAAAUUAACGUACCUGCUACAGCCAUGCCUUGGAGGAGACUCGAAGACACUUAUGUUUGUGAAUCUGUCUCCAGAGGUGUCGUCUACAGGGGAGUCAAUUUGCUCGCUACGGUUCGCAGCACGGGUGAACUCGUGCGAGAUUGGCAUCCCUCGUCGUCAAACCCAAGUGCGUAGCUUGGCGCAAGGAUGAGUUGGCUUGGACAAGAUGAAUGUCCAUGACUAAUUGUAUUUGUGUGUUGUUUGAGGGAUGCAAUGGAUCAUUUGCAUCCCCUCCGUGUGUUGGGCAUGGGCAUAUUUGCUUAGAGGGUGUGUAUAAUAUUCUGAUUUGGCAUGUGGCUUUGUUGAUUGUAGGAGCAUCGCAUUGCAUUACAGAUAGUAGUAUUUAAUUUGUGGCUGCAGCACUGUGCAGUGGUAGUAACAAGAUGUGAGGUUGGUUGUAUUUUAUUGGAGAGGUGCCCUGUGUUGUGUUGGGCUGGCUUUGUUUGGAUGAAGAAGACAGACUAGUAAUUGGAAUUCAAAUGCUCUGUUGCUUUUUAGUA